UUAUUAGUGAUUUACUUAUAUGUAUAACCGAAUCAUUGGGUUUGAAAUAUUCAGUACAAUGAUAACCCGUUGCUAUGCGUUCGCCGAUAACACCGAGGAAGGCAAACACACCCCUUAGCGACCUCCACAGGCUCCACACAUUCCGUGACUUGCAACUCCUGCCACGUCGGCCCCCAGUUGCCUCAGGGGAAGACCCAUCACCGAAUGCGUGGGAGAGAGACCAACACUCCGCGUCUGUUCCCUUAAAUACAACGAAGAGCGUUCACGAAGGUUCACUCCGCCGGUACCUUCUCAGACAGAGGAUUCGUCAUGGAGACCGAGAAGAAAUGGCUGUGGAAGGCGACCAUGGCGGAGAUGUUCUUCGACGCCUCCAACCGGUUCCAGACCUUCAUGGUGAGUUACCAGCUGACCGUCGCCACCGCCGCCCCCCUUCUCGAGGACCAGGUCACCUCCGCGCUCUCACACCUCUACAGAAAAACGCCCAAUUUGAGGGCGUGUUUUGACCAGCGGGACGGAACCACCUGGCUCAGGGAGAUGGCGCAGGAGAAGAUUGACUUCGAGAUGUUGCCAGAAACCGCCUCAGUAGCCGAGACAUUGCAAAAGCUGAGGAAUUACCACUACGACUCCAACGCGGGUCCCUUGUGGUGUGCCAAGCUGCGACCCGGACCUCCCUCGGAAGGCGCGGCGAACGAAAUGCAGGGUUUCCCUCACCUGUACACUUUCUUCCUUGGCUUCCAUCAUGGAAUCACCGAUGGCACAAGCACCAUGAAGAUCUGCGGUUUCCUCGUCCAGCUUCUCAAUGACGUCAUAUCCGGGAAGACUAUCGAUGACGUCGAGCAGUUCGGCGUUUUCAUCUCCGGCGAGGUGACGCACAAGAUCGUGAACAAGCGCGUUGCCGCCAUGAGGGCAGACCCGGAGAUCCUGCAGAAGAUGAUAGGAGAAUCGGAGGCGCACAAGAGCAACUGUUCCAUACUAAACUUGACUUACAAAGACGCGAGAGAGGACGAGUGCAAUACCAAGUACAUAACACGAGACUUGGACGUAGCCACGACGAGCGCCUUCUUCCAGAAGUGCCGUGCGGAGUCAGUCACCAUCAACACGGCCUUCGCAGCUCUCGCCAACGCAGCCAUGGUCGACCUGCUGGCUCUCGGGGGCCUCGAGCAAGAGUCGUACAAAAUUGUCGCGUGCGCCGGUACUGGGAUGAGGACGGCUCGAAGUACCUCGGGUGCCACAUUCUGCCGCCGAUGCCCAUACUUGUCGAAGUGCCAAGACAUAUCGGCGACAAGUUCUGGGAUUAUGCAAGAUCAAUGCACAAGGAAAUUCAAAGCGAACUCAAGGCCGAAGCAGUGGUGCGAGAGGAGGCGCUCAAGACCUAUUUCAUGCCGGAAAACGCAAACUUCGAUGAGUUCUUCCAAAGCCCUCAGUCACCUAAUGACAACACGUGCGACUUCUGUGUGUCCAACAUGGGCGAUGUGACGAAGCUGGUGACAGAGGGCGGCGACCACGUGCAGGUCACACACGUCCUCCGGUCGGUGUCCGUCCACGGGGUGCCCAACAACUGGUCUCAUCUCAUCCACACCUUCCGCGGACGUCUCAUCCACGUCUUAGACUACAACACAGGGAGAGUGAACACGC